AAUCAAGUAGGAGGUGGCCAGGUGAGCCAAUAAGGCCUGGAGAACCCCGGGGGUUCGCUUUGUGCCCUGGGGCAACUACCAGAAACGCAGGCUAAGGAGAGUGUGGAGACUGAGGUGGAAGAUGAGGCUGGCGAGGUUCACAGGGGCCCCGGUGAUUAGGGUGUUGUGAUUCAUUUUAAGGAGUUUUAUGUUCAUCUGAACAGUGAUGGGAAGCCCGCUCUGUUUGAUACUGGGGUGGAGUGACCCCCGAGGGGUUUGGCCUUUGGAAGGUCAUUCAUUCUGGCACCAGCCUGGAGGCAUGCAGACCCGUGGGGAGGCUCUUGGAGGAAUGAAGAAAAGUGGGUCAAUCUAAGGGUACUUAGGAGGUAAAUCAGGCCGGACUUGUUGAGGGAUGGAGAGCAGUGGUUCUUGACUCCGGGCUGUUGUUCCCCAGGGACUCCUGGCAAUGCCUUGCGACACUUUUUGUUGUAACAGCUGUGGGGUCAGGGCGGACUGUUGGCACCUAAUGGGUAGAGGCCAAGGCUGCUAAUAUUAUACAAUGCACAGGACAGCUCUCCACAACAAAGAAUUAUCUAGCCUCGAAAUAUCAGCAGUGCCUAGGUUGAGAAGCCCCGAUUUCGGCGUGGGAGAACGAGGAAGAGAAAGGGGCAAGUCGAGGAUCGUUCCCGAUUUCUGGCGAGGGUACUCUGGAACCAGGUCCUGAAGAUAAGCAGCAAGGAGGAGAGCUGAUGGCCAGGGGAGUGGUGGGAAGUACCGAAGUGAUGAGAUCGGUUUUGGAGUUUGAGGAUGAAGACCUAGUUUGCUUUAAAGAUAUCAAACCAGCAGCAUCUCAUCAUUACCUUGUGGUGACAAAGCAGCAUAUUGGAAACUGCACAGAUCUAAAGAAAGAGCAAAUAGGACUUGUUGAGAGCAUGGUUACUGCUGGAAAAACCAUUCUUAAAAAGAAUAAUUUCACUGACUUCGAAAAUGUGAGAAUGGGUUUCCAUGUGCCACCAUUCUGUUCCAUUUCCCACUUGCACCUUCAUGUCAUAGCACCAGUUGAUCAGCUUGGCUUCUUAUCAAAAUUGGUUUAUAGACCAAAUUCCUAUUGGUUCAUCACAGUCAUCAGAUCUGUAGAAGAGAAGCUAAGGCUGAGUCUCUCCAUUGCAGGCUGACUAUUUGAUUGAAAAACUAAGAACAUGAAAAUGACAGCAGUGGAAGAUUUUCUUAUUCUUGGCUCAACAGACACUAAUAUUUUGGUCCCUUUUAAAUCAAAUUACAAUGGUAAGGUUUGUUGGGUUUUAUAAGAGGCUAUUACUGGGUAGCCUUAAGUCUUUUCUGAAUGUCUAUUUCCUGAAAUCUGUAAUAUAUGACUACUCUGGCAUUGUCUUCUUUGUUUUAAUGGUUACUUGUCUAAGGUAUAAGAUACUACAGAUAAAAUUUUAUUAAAACAAAUUCUAUUAAUCAAGAAGGGCUCUGUAUUUUUUAAAAGUUCAAGUAUUUUCAUUUCUCAUUAUUGUCAGUUACAAUAGUGAUUUAUUAUGAAGAAUAAAUGGGUAUAGAAAGUA